GAUAGUCCCUCACUGGCUCACUCCACCAUGUCCAACCAAACCUCCCAACCAUCUCAAACCAUAGAUCCCUACCAACACCACCAAAUCAUCUACAACCCCGAUGGCACACUCACUCGCAUGCGUCAUGAUCCGCACACCUUACCCUCUUUAGACACCAGUACUCUUCCUGUUCCUGUUCUCACUAAAGAUGUCCCCAUCAACCAAUCAAACAACACCUGGAUCCGAUUAUUCCUACCCCAAAAAGCAAUUCCAAAUCAUGGUUCCACUUCCAACCAAAACGAUAAGCUACCUCUCAUUGUUUUCUUCCAUGGUAGCGGCUUUAUCUUAUUAAGUGCAUCUUCCACCAUGUUCCAUGACUUGUGCGUAGAAAUGGCAGACACCAUCGGAGCCGUCGUUGCCUCUGUUGAAUACCGCCUCGCGCCAGAACAUCGGUUGCCGGCGGCAUAUGAUGAUGCCAUGGAAGCGUUGGUUUGGAUCAGAAGUAGCCAAGAUGAGUGGUUGACACAAUAUGUUGACUAUUCUAAUUGUUAUUUGAUGGGGAAUAGUGCUGGGGCUACUAUUGCCUACCAUGCAGGUCUACGUGCAGCACAAGAGGUAGAUCAUCUUGAACCAUUGAAGAUCCAAGGGUUGAUAUUGCGCCAACCAUUCUUUGGUGGGAUCAAGAGGACUGAGUCAGAGUUGAGGCUUGAGAAUGAUCCUUUUCUUCCAUUGUGUGUUACUGAUUUGAUGUGGGAGCUUGCACUUCCAAUUGGAGUUGACCGUGAUCAUGAGUUUUCCAAUCUAAGGGCUGAGAAUUGUCUUGACAAACUUGAAAAGAUCAAAGAGCUUGGGUGGAGGGUAUUGGUGAGUGGAAAUGGUGAGGACCCACUUGUGGACCGUGGGAAGGAGCUUGUGAAGUUGAUGGAGGAAAAGGGUGUGCAAGUGGUGAGUGACUUCGAGGAAGAAGGUUAUCAUGGGAUAGAGUGUUACGAACCAUCCAAAGCAAAACAAAUGAUAGGGUUAGUAAAAGGUUUCAUUUCCUCAUUCGGAGCUUAGAUUUUAGAGUGUUAUAUUGUUAUUAUGUUAUUGUUUGUUAUACAUUUUUCUUUCUUCUUCUUUA